AUAAUGUGGCACAUCCUAUUUUAGGUUACUUGCAUUGCAAGCACUAAAGAGUGAGUACAGACCCGUGUGUGGACAUAAUGGAGUGAAUCUCAAAAUGGAGUAGCUCAGGGUUUGAAUGCCUUUCCCUAAAGAGAAGUAAACUACAAGUUUCUUUAAAUGCUCAUUCCUAACUGACUCCCCAUGCCCAGGGCUUCCAGUUCCCAGGGAAGAUGUGGUCUCCUAUUUUGAACAAAGGGAAGCACCAUGGAUGCUGGAGCAAGAAGGCCUGAGGAGGUGCCAUCCAGAAGGAGAGAGCAGUCUUGAAAAGAAGGAAACUACUGUAGAGCUAAGAGUUUCUGUGGAAGAAACUCAAAAGCAAAGAUUCAUGAAUGAUGGUCCUGUUCACAUCAAUUGCAGAGAAAUCUGUGCUACACUUGAGAGAAUCCACACGAGAGAGAAAUCUUAUGAAUGUAACCAAUGUGGAAAGACUUUUACAUGGAAGGGUGGUCUUGUUCAACAUCAGAGAAUCCAUAGAGGAGAGAAACGUUAUGACUGUAAUCAAUGUGGAAAGGUUUUUAGAGACAGGAGUGUUCUUACUCGACAUCAGAGAAUCCACACUGGAGAGAAACCUUAUAAAUGUAAUCAAUGUGGAAAGGCUUUUACAAGGAAGUCUGGUUUUAUUUUGCAUCAGAGAAUCCACACUGGAGAUAAACAGUAUGAAUGUAAUCAAUGUGGAAAGACUUUUACAUGCAAGGGCACUCUUGUUCAGCAUCAGAGAACCCACAAUGGACAGAAACCUUAUGAAUGUAAACAAUGUGGAAAGGCUUUUAGGGAAAGCAGAGGUCUUAUUGUACAUCAGAGAACCCACACUGGAGAGAAACCUUAUGAAUGUAAGCAAUGUGGAAAGACUUUUACAUGGAAGGACAGUCUGGUUCAACAUCAGAGAAUCCACACUGGAGAGAAACCUUAUGAAUGUAAUCAAUGUGGAAAGGCUUUUAAGUGGUCUACCAAUCUUACUGUACAUCAAAGAAUGCACACUGGAGAAACACCUUAUGAGUGUAAUCAAUGUGGAAAGGCUUUUAAAUGGUAUACCAGCCUUACUCUACAUCAGAGAAUGCACACUGGAGAGAAACCUUAUAACUGUAAUCAAUGUGGAAAGGCUUUUAGGGAAAGUAGAGCUCUUACUCUACAUCAGAGUAUCCAUACUGGAGAGAAACCUUAUGACUGUAAUCAGUGUGGAAAGACUUUUAAAAAGAAGGCUCAGCUUGUUGUACAUCAGAGAACCCACUCUGGAGAGAAACCUUACAAAUGUAAUCAAUGUGGAAAGGCUUUUAAAUGGUGGAACAGUCUUACUCUACAUCAGAGCAUCCACACUGGAGAGAAACUUUAUGAAUGUAAUCAAUGUGGAAAGACUUAUACACAUAAGGCCAGUCUUGUUCAACAUCAAAAAAUCCACACUGGAGAGAAGCCUUAUAAAUGUAAUCAAUGUGGAAAGACUUUCAGAUGUAGGAAGAGCAUUCAUUUACAUCAGAGAAUCCACACUGGAGAGAAACCUUAUAAAUGCAAUCAAUGUGGAAAGGCUUAUAAAUGGUGGAACAGUCUUACUCUACAUCAGAGAAUCCACACUGGAGAGAACCUGUAUGAAUGUAAUCAAUGUGGAAAGACUUAUAGACGGAAGGACAGUCUUAUUCAACAUCAGAGAAUGCACAAUGGAGAGAAACCUUAUAAAUGUAAUCAAUGUGGAAAGACUUAUACAUGGAAGGACAGUCUUGUUCAACACCAGAGAAUCCACACUGGAGAGAAACCUUAUAAAUGCAAUCAAUGUGGAAAGACUUUCAGAUGUAGGAAGAGUAUUGGUGAACAUCAAAGAAUCCACACUGGAGAGAAACCUUAUGAAUGUAAUCAAUGUGGAAAGGCUUUUACGUGGAAGGAUGGUCUUGUUCAACAUCAGAGAAUCCACACUGGAGAGAAACCUUAUGAAUGCAAUCAAUGUGGAAAGGCUUUUAAGUGGUGUACCACACUUACUGUACAUCAGAGAAUCCACACUGGAGAGACACCUUAUGAAUGCAAUCAAUGUGGAAAGGCUUUUAAAUGGUAUACCAGUCUUAUUCUACACCAGAGAAUGCACACUGGAGAGAAACCUUAUGACUGUAAUCAAUGUGGAAAGGCUUUUAGGACAAGUAGAGCUCUUACUCAGCAUCAGAGAAUCCACACUGGAGAGAAACCUUAGGAAAUUGAUCAAUGUGGAAAGGCUUAUAAAUGGUGUUCUAGUCUUACUCUUCAUCAGAGAAUCCAUACUGCAGAGAAACCUUACAAAAGUAACCAAUGUGGAAAAGCUUUUACAUGGAUGGACCACACUUACUCUACAUUAGAGAAUACACAUUGGAGAGGGUCAUAGGACUAACAAAUUUAUGAUGUUGGCUUGGAACUCAGGUCUUUGUGAUUUGAGGCCCAGCAUUCUAUCUACUGCACCACCAGUUGUAUUCUGAUUUUUAAAGAGAAUAGGGUGAAAAUGUUCACUCAUGGAUGAGGUGGAAAAUGGAAGGAGAAUUCGACAAGCUCCUGCUGAGAGAUGGAAAUUCUCUUUUUUUUUAACUCCCUAACUAGUCAAAAUGAAUUGUUAAUUACUAUUACAAAGAUUUUUUUUCUAUUGACUCAGAAGUACUGCAUUAGAUGACAAUUGUAUUUCAGCUUCAGUUGUAAAUAUUGAUUUUUUUUUAUUAUUUAUAUACAAAACAAUCUUUGAAAGGAUAGAAUUUUUUCAGACAUAACUUGGUUUUCUCUACCACUGGUAAAUUGGCUAUACUUUCACUGAAACUCUACUGAAUUACUAAUGAAUAGUCUAACUCACCUUACCAACCAAUUCCUUUAAGAAGCAGCAAGAAAGAAGAAGAGUAAUAUAAUCAAGGGAGAAUCUCAAAUUAGAAAACAACCUUAGCAUUUGAGUGGUCUGUUUUUGUAGAAAGAUUGUGGUGGUCCAUGAUGAUUUUGUGAUGACCUCUACUGUGCAUGGCUGGUGAUAACGGUUUUCAAAUAGCCUGCCACCACUGCUGUAAGAAUGCAAACCUAAGUAAGAUCUUGAACAGGUGAUUUCAGACUUGAUGAGAUGUGAUUACAAGGUAACACAUGAAUGAGAAGUACUCAGGUGCAGCGAUAGGCACUGAAGGUCUUUGCAUUCCUGUGACCAUGUGCACAUGAAUGUCCAACCUUCCUGCAAGUUUGGAAACAAUUUGAUGUCAAGUUGAGAAACUGAAAGAAUAUGUUGCACAUAGUUAGAAGCAAUCAGAGUUUGAGGUGCUCACUCAACAGUCUCCCAAAGAAGUGUAUUCCUGAUCAUUACAGUUUGGAAUCACUGCAGAAAGACUACUGUCAAAGUUGAAACAUGUACAUACUUGAUGCUCCAGAAAAUAAAUAUCUUUGUAAACUAAAUUGGACAACUGUUUACCACUUGAGGUGGCCCUGACAUUUUUAGCUCAAAUCCCAUGGACCAUUGACACAAUCCUUGAAGGGGUUUGUGAACCUUGAGGAUCAAUAGUGAAGUACAUUGGCCACUUCUGUACAAAAGUGUCAACUCAAAUUCCUGUAUCAGACACAUUUUCAGACAUGGGCAAUCCAUGCAUUUUUUUAAAACUCUUUUUUAGAAUGAUUUUAAUUUUAUUUUAGUGACCAGAGACACUUAAAGAUAUAUAUUUUUAAAAGAAAUAAGUAAUGGCUUUCUUAAAAAAUUAAUGGUCAAAAGAAUAUCACAUGCCCUGAGGUAAAUACAAAAAAAACCAAUGUUGGUAUUCUGAAUGUGACCUCAGAUAAUGGAACAGAAAAAAAAAAUAAGUUUGAAAAUGACCUUCAGGAAAAUUACAUUAUGCUUAUUUAGCUUAUGUCCACCAAAGGCAUUGUAUCUAUGAAGAAUGGGUUUAAACUACAGAUAGGGAAAGGGAAAGAUUGAAAGUGAAGAUAAUUUAUUGAGUACUGUGGAUACCGCAUGCCCAUUCUCAAGGUUUGAGUUCUAGUAUCAGCUGUUGGAAUUUGGCUUAAGUCACUCAGCCAUUCUUAUCUCAUGGCUAGAGUUGUGGAUGUGAUGAGAUGAUGGCCCUAUCCGUGUCACAGGUGUGUUGUGAAGAUCCAAUGUAAUGGUGCAUGAAGCUCUUUGUAAAUUAAGUCAUCCUUGGCUAAUGGCAUUUGCAAAUCAUUAGUUCUUCCUAUUUAAGAUUUUUCUCUUUUCCUGGAGAAAUAGAAAAUUGCUGAGUUUAUAUUCUGCUGAUGGAGGGAAGGGAAUAUAAUGUGUGUGUAUGGUCUGUAUUUGUUUUAUUGUGAUUUUUUUUUUAAGAAGGAGAGGGGAGAUCAGACUACAAAUGAAGGAAACAGAGCUAAGAGUUUCUUUGGAAAAAAAUUACAAGCAAAGAUUCAUGAAUGGUGGCCCCUGUGGCUUCAGUUGGAGAAAAAUCUGCUGCGCAUGAGAGAAGCCACAGUGAAGAGAAACAUUGUGACUGUAAACAAUGUAGAAAGGCUUUUUACAGAGAAGAGCUAUCUCAUUGGACAACAGAGAAUACACAGUGGAGAGAAAUCAUAUGAAUGUAAUCAAUACAGAAAGGCUUAUACAUGGAAGAACAGUCUUCUUCAACAUCAGAGAAGCCAUGCUAGAGAGAAACCUUAUAAGUCUACUCAAUAUGGAGAGGCUUUUGCAUGGAUGAAACAUCUUACUCAACAUCAGAAAGUCCAUACUAGAGCAAACCUUUAUGACUGUAAUCAGUGUUUAAAGUCUCUCAGAUCUAGGUCCAAAUUUGCUGAACACAGGAAAAUCCACACUGGAAAGAAACCUUUUGAAUGUAACCAAUGAGGUAAGGCUUUUACACCAAGGGAUCAUCUUACCUGAUAUCAGAGUACAUACAUUGGCAAGAAACCUUAAGAAAAUAAUCAAUGUGGUAAUGCCUUCAGGCUAAAGACAGUCCUUGUUUACCAUCAGAGAAUCCAUAGGAAAUAAAGGAAUCUUAUAACUGACCUGAAUGAGUAAAGGCAUUGAAAUGGAGUACAGAGCUUCUUAGCAGAAAAUUCACUCUAGGUACAAGCCAUCUAUGGACUUCAUAUGGGAAGGCUUUUAGCCAGAGAUCAUCUCUUAUCCUCUCAUCAGGGGAUUUGUAAUGAAAAGAAACUUUAUGAAUGUGCUCAGUGGAACAUGCCUUUCUCUAGAACAUGAAGGUAACUAGUGAAGGUUAAAUUUGGGGUCUGACUAUAAUAGGAAGGUAAGAUAAGGAAAAUAAUCCAUGCCCACCCUCCUGGUUGCAAAACCAAAAAAAGGAGGCAAUAGGCCCAUAAACCGCAGAACUGUCUGAGAAUCCAUCUGGUUGUUCUCAGAAAUAGAAUGUCUUCAGAAUGAGGAAAAGCCUUUGUGUCAAUACUGUGUUGACUGGGAAACAAUCUUUGGUGAAGGGAAGAAAUCGGAUUUGUUUGAUCAAGGAUAUAAAAAUUGGGGCAAUUUAGGGUAAUUUUGUGGUCUCCCACAGGCCACCUAUAUGCACUUAUUCAUCUUACAUCCAGGCCACUACAUGUGACAGUUAAGAAAAUUCUCAUUAAGUUGAGAUAGUUUCUGCCUCCUGAUUUUUGUGAUGGACUUAAGAACAGAACCAUUGUGUGAACAAAGCAGCCACUGCUAAACAGGUAAGAGGCCUGGCAAUUUCUAUCUACAAAGCUUCCCUCAGUUGGAAGGGAAAUCUGAAGGAACUGAGUUCCAUGUCAGAGGCAUUUGGGCUACUUGUCACAUGCUGUCUAUGAAUGAGUGAAAGGCUCAGUUCCUGAUGAUAGCACCCUCAUCAGAGUAAUGGUUUCCAGUUCAGAGACCAACAGGUUGGACAUAGGGAAGCAAUUCAAGAGGCACUAUAGAAAGUCUCCAUAUCCUCCCACCAAGGCAAGUCAGAAAAGGCAAACACUGAUAGGAAGAAAGGUUUCUGAUGAAAUUCAUCUGGAGUCUAAUGAGGACCCAAGCCAGCGUCUUGUUCCCUUGUCACUGAAUUUAUCAGAGAAUCUUGAGUUGGAAGGGCCCUCAGAGGCCAUCCAGUCCAAACUCAUGCCUGCAGAGGCCUUUUUAAACCUUUCUCCUUGAAGACCUGCUAGGAAGGCAGCCCAUUAUUAGGACACUGUUCAUCCCAUCAGGCUGACUCUGCCUCCUGCAGCUUACACUCAUCGGUCCUGGGUCUUCCCUCUGGGCUCAAGCAGAACAAAUGUGAUUGGUCUUAGAUGUGACAGCCUUUCAGGUAUUUGAUGAGUAUUUUGUGUUGCCUGCCAAGUUUUCUCUUCUUCUGGAUAAGCUGCCUCAGUUCUUUCGACUCAUUUGGCAUGGUCUCUAGUCCAUCAUAUUCACAGCCCUUCUUUGGAUGUGUUCCAACUUGUCAGUGCCUCUUUUUGAUUAUCUCCAGUUUAUCAUAGAUAGAUAGAAAUAACUCCCUUGUUGCUCCAUACUUAUUUCUGGAGGUAGCUGCCAAAGGUGCCAUCAAACUGGAAUAGAAAUUAGUUUAUAAAUCGAUUCCUCAGUCAUGUAACCACAACUUUGGGAUCCUAAAAUCUGUCAGUCUAUCAGCCAGGAUGAUGGCAUUCCUGGAAAUAUUGUUUCUAGGUGUUUUUGUACAAUUAGAGGAAAUUUGUUAUCUAUCAUUAGUUAUUUCUGCAAGAUCCAGGUGGAAAGUAUCAAUAUUUUCAAGGUGAAAAGAGGGGCUGUUUCCAGCCCACAUUUCAGACUUUCAGCCAAUCACAUUGUCCCUGCCUCCAUGAUGCUGUCAGUUCUUUAACCAUUUAUAUUGUUUUCUCCACCUAUCAACUUCUGUUCUUUGUUUUAUUUUUUCUUGAAUAUGUAUUUUUUACUGAAAAACAAAAUCAUUCAUAAAUUAACAUACGAAAAUGUCUAAACACAUGAGAAAAUAAGAUAAUGACAAAGGACUACUUUUGUGAAAAGUGUAUGGUCUGUUUGUUUUUUAAACAUCUUUAGAAUUCCGUGCAAAAAAUGUACCCCUGGCACCUCUUGAAAACAUAAAGGUCAAGUUCAAAAAACCUAGUGGUGGACAAAACUGCCUCUGGCCCAGGACUUUGAGCUCAAUGGGGAAGCCAUUGGCCCUCUUUUUCAGUAAAUUCAUGUUGACAAAUAAACUGCUAGUGCUCAGA